AUGGGAGAGUGUGACUGGCUUCUCUUCACCAUCUUUCUCUACCUCUACUGUGGGCAGAGGGAUACGGUCGUCACCAACGCUGGAAGGGUGGAGUCAGAUGCAGGAACUAGCUCAUUGCGUCGUGGAGCGCAGUUGAAACGCAAGUUUCCCGAUUUGAUAUUCCAGAGUGUCAGAGGUAACCUCAAUACACGUUAUACGAAACUAGUUGACGCUGAUGACUAUGCUGCACUAGUCCUUGCAGUUGCUGGAGUUGUUAGGAUGGGAUGGAAAGAAAGAAUAUCUGAGUACUUAGGAGAUGAUGUGUGCAUGUAUGCCGUUGGUCAGGGUGCCUUAGCAGUUGAAUGUCGAGAGGAGGAUGCAGCUACUGUAGAAUUGCUUUCGCCUCUUUGCCAUCGUGAUACCACACUUAGAACAGUAGCUGAAAGAGCUUUCAUGCGCACCUUGGAGGGAGGCUGUUCAGCACCAGUAGCUGUUCACUCAAAGAUAACUGAAGAUGGUGAGCUUCAUCUCAAAGGUGGAGUUUGGAGUUUGGAUGGGAAAGAAGAGCUUGUAGAUAAAAAAUCUACAAGUACUACUGCAAAUGAUGAUGAACAUGAUUCCUCAGAGCCCAUAGUAAAACGACCGAAAACUCCCCCAGAGAACUUUUGUGGAUUAGUUCCACUCAGGGCUUGUGAGUUUUCUAUGAGCCAAGCUUACUCCCUUGGAUUGACAUUAGCUGAAAAUCUACUUGAGAAGGGAGCUAGAAAAAUACUAAGUGAUGCUAAAGCUGGCAAUGCAGCUGUAAGCUAAUGAUUUCUGAUUUAAUAGUGAGAGGUAAGUAAACCAAUCUUUCAACUGUAUUCAUACAUUGAAAUAUAUAGUACAUGUUGAUAUUGUAGGUACUGAGAAACUUACUGUGGUUGUUGUUUUUAUAUAA